AUGGAGCCCCUAGACCAGAUCUACGGGUUCCCCCUCACAUCGGACCUCAACUCCUCCUCGCCCUUCCUCUCAUACCUGCGCCUCUUCAACGUCUCCUCCAACCUGUCCACCCAGAGCGUCCCCUUCCAGGGCAGCAGCACUGUGAUGACCGCACUCAUCUCCCUCACAGUCUUCCUGGUGGGUCUGACGGGCAACACCCUGGCCAUCUACGUGGUGCUGCGCUACGCCAAAAUGAAGACGGUCACCAACAGCUACAUCCUGAACCUGGCGGUGGCGGAUGAGCUCUACAUUAUCGGGCUCCCCUUGAUCACCACCCAGAACGUGCUCUCCUAUUGGCCGUUUGGCUCCUUCCUUUGCCGCGUGGUGAUGACCGCGGACUCCAUGAACCAGUUCACCUCCAUCUUCUGCCUGACGGUCAUGUCCAUCGAUCGGUACCUGGCUGUGGUUCAUCCGAUCCGCAGCACCAAGUGGAGACACCCCCGCGUGGCCAAGGUGGUGAGCGCAGCCGUAUGGGCCCUGUCCUUCGUGGUGGUUCUGCCCGUGGUCAUCUUUUCGGAUGUUCAGGAGACCAAAAACAGAGCUAAAAGGAGAGUAAAUCCAAUAUUAUUAUUCUAUAUUAUUGUUAUUAUAUUUGCUAGCAGGUGGCCAGAAACACAAUUUAGCUCGCUCAACAUGGUCAACCUGGUGGUCAUCAUCCCCGAGUCCAGCGCCACCGCCGGCGUGUACUUCUUCGCCGUCAUUCUGUCGUACGCCAACUCCUGCGCCAACCCGGUGCUCUACGGCUUCCUCUCGGACAACUUCAGGCAGAGCUUCAGAAAAGUGCUGUGUGUGAGGAGUGUGAGGUGCAAGGCCAACGGCGUGGAUGACGGCGAUCCGAGCGCUCCGCGCACCGAGAAAACCACACGCCCACCACAAUCUCUCCUCAUCCUCCGGACUUGCCUAUCUCCCACACAGCAGCAGACCUGCACCGCUCCACCCCUCCACGCCAACCUCCCGCCCAUCCUCCGGUGGCCUCCGCAGCAGCCACCACUAUGUUGA